UCUCUUAUUAAUUGCAGGCGCAAACAUUUCGUCACACUUUCUCAGAUCUAACUCUAUAUAUAACCCUACAUCCCAAUACUACACUUCUUGUAAUUAACAAGGUCCUUGUAACUUCUAACCCUCACUCUCACCCCCGAGAGCGAGAGAGAUAGAGAGAGCCGAGACACGCCAUACAAUGGUGAUCGCCGGAUCCCCCGGAGGGCGUGGGGGCCUCGCGGGCCUCUCGAAUGUGAAGCACCUGGCGGCGCAGGUCAUCAUGGGACGGUGGUUCAUGGUGUUCGCGAGCCUACUGAUCAUGGCGGCUGCCGGGGCGACCUACAUGUUCGGUCUCUACUCGGAGGACAUCAAGACAUCGCUCGGCUACGACCAGAGCACCCUCAACCUGCUGAGCUUCUUCAAGGACCUCGGCGGGAGCGUCGGGAUCCCCUCGGGGCUCAUCAACGAGGUGUCGCCGCCGUGGGUGGUGCUCUCCAUCGGGGCAGUCCUCAACUUCUUUGGCUACUUCAUGAUAUGGCUCGCCGUGACCAAGCGGAUCACGACGCCGCAGGUGUGGCAGAUGUGCCUCUACAUAUGCAUCGGCGCCAACUCGCAGGCGUUCGCCAACACCGGCGCCCUCGUCACCUGCGUCCAGAACUUCCCGGAGAGCCGGGGCGUCGUACUGGGGAUACUGAAAGGCUAUGUCGGCCUGAGCGGUGCCAUCAUCACGCAACUAUACCUUGCGGUCUACUACCAUGACACCAAGGCCUUGAUCCUCCUCAUCGGAUGGCUGCCGGCUGCCAUAUCAUUCGUUUUCCUCCGCACCAUCCGGAUCAUGAAGGUGGUCCGCCAGCCCAACGAGCUCAAGGUGUUCUACAGAUUCCUCUACAUCUCCCUCGGCCUGGCCACCUUCCUUAUGAUCAUGAUCAUCAUCGAGAAGCGCUUCAAUAACUUCACGCGCCCCGAGUAUGGUCUCUCCGCUGCUGGCGUCCUCUUCUUGCUCUUCCUGCCACUCGCUGUCGUCGUCAUCGAGGAAUCCAAACAAUGGGCACAGAAGAGAGAAGCCCUAAAUGACCCGGCUCCGAUCGAGAUCGCCACUGAGAAGCCGAGCCUGGAAACAUCCCUUCCUCCACCACCACCUCCCCCAGAGACGGCACCCUCUACCACCGUCUUGGACAAUGAAGAAAAGCUGGAAAAGCAACUCUCUUGCUGGAGAACGGCGUUCAGGCCACCGGACAGAGGUGAAGACUACACCAUACUCCAAGCUCUCUUUAGCAUAGAUAUGUUCAUCCUCUUCUUGGCCACCAUCUUUGGCGUUGGGGGGACGUUGACGGCCAUCGACAACCUGGGCCAGAUAGGGGCCUCACUUGGCUACCCGGCUCGGAGCACAAGCACGUUUAUCUCCCUAGUCAGCAUAUGGAACUACCUUGGACGCGUCGUCGCUGGCUUUCUCUCUGAGAUCCUCCUAAAACAAUACAAAUUCCCACGCCCGCUAAUGCUCACGUUCAUCCUCCUCAUCUCAUGUGCCGGCCACCUCCUGAUUGCAUUCAACGUCCCAAAUGGCCUCUACUUCGCAUCCAUCAUCAUCGGUUUCUGCUUUGGUGCGCAGUGGCCGCUGCUCUUUGCAAUCAUAUCCGAAAUCUUUGGGCUCAAGUACUAUUCAACACUGUACAACUUCGGUACUGUGGCGAGCCCCAUUGGAGGGUAUCUGCUCAACGUUAGAGUGGCUGGUCAUUUAUACGACAAAGAAGCGAGGAAACAGAUGGCCGCACUAGGGCUUGUCCGGAAGCCCGGCGAGGACUUGGACUGCACCGGGGUCAAGUGUUAUCAGUUGGCGUUUCUCAUAAUAACAUUCACAACAUUGUUCGGCACAUUUGUGUCGUUCAUUUUGGUGGUGAGGACGAGGAAAUUUUACAGGAGUGAUAUUUACAAGAAGUUCAGGGAGGAGGCAAAGGCAGCCGAGACGGAGAUGACUUUGAAUAAUGGGACGACCACGACAGAGGUAAAACGUUGACAGAGAGAUUCAGAAACGUCACAAUGAAUUGUACCCUUUGGGGGUUUAAUGUUAUUAGCAGGAAGAUUGAUCAGAGAUGUACGCAUACAGAAAUGGAGAAUGAUAGCUUACAUGAACGACAGAAAACAAAGGCGGUCGUGAAGAAAUGUAAAAUCCGGUCGAUCAUGAUUUCCGUGUAGCUUACUUGUUGCAUAUUUGUUAAGAAGCGUGUUUGCGUGUAUAUCCGUGAUUGACUCGUUUUCCAGAUGGCUCGAUUUUUCGGGAAACCGGCCAUUUAUCUAGUAUGACAUCCUAGGAAGAUCAAGGCUCGGAAUCGACACUCUUGCUUAUGGUUAUUCUCGUGCUUAACGGGAAGGGUUAGAAUAAACGGUUCGGAUGGAACUUGGAGUUCACGUGCUCGAUCUGAACCAUAAAAUUUUCUUUCUGUACAAGAUGACACAGUUUUCAUUUGUGGUCGUGUGAGGACUCGGAGGGCUAGAUUCUCUCUUGGGAGAAGAAGAAGAUUAAUCAAGAAUAAGUAGGGAAGACCGUGUAGUUCUGGAUUCCGGAUCAGUUGUUUUGACUGGUUACUGUCUCGAUCAGUUAUUAAAGGUUGAAACUUCUCAUCUGCCAGUCUUGAUGGGGGGCUGAUCCUACUUGUCUUUUUCCUUGGUGCAUCUAGGAUAUUAUUUGUAUAUUCGAUUCGAAACUGACUAUUUUCAUUCUUCCAA